CGCGCGACCGACUUCCAACCCGCGUUGCUUGCCAUGGCCACCGGUCGUUAAUUUGGGUUCGGCGGGAGCAGCUACUGGCCGCGGCCACUGACGGUACAAGAGGCGUGAAGAACAAUUCUGAGUUUUCCUAUGUGUUAAGAUAUGAGAAGCUUGGAAAAAAAGUCGGAGUGAGAGAGCGAGCUAAUGGAGAGUAAGAUAUCAAAGAGAAAUGAGAAAGAAUUUCAGUGUGGAAAUUUCAGAAUGGAAGAAGAUGCUGAGGCCCACAGAGCACACCUGCACAUGAACCACGAGCACCACGGUCGCCGACACUGCCCAUUAACCAGAGGAGCACCUGAGAGUGUUUGCACACAGCCAAAGGAAGUCCUUUCUGGAUUUGUGAUACAAAGCAAAUGAACCUUAUUGGAUACAAAAUGGCAGUUCUCCAGAGCCCGUGUACCAGAGAAAGGAUUAAUCAGCUGUGGACAUUGGCUGUUCUCACGCCAAGCUCGAGCUCCUGUAACGCCACUGCCACUUGGAAGCUGAGGACAAUAUCAGCAGCAGUGUGCACAAGACGGGCAGAAUUCUCAGCAGGAAAGUCGUGAGAUUGUAGCCCAGCAGACGAGCGGAUGUCCUGCGGAGAAGUGUGACCUGGAACAGCUCUCACUGAUGUUGACGAUACCGGUCCUAAAUCUAAACAGUGGCUCCUGGGAUGUGGCUUUUCAGUAAGGUCGUAUGCCUCCCACGAGUGGAGAACGAGAGACGCCUCAGACUCCUUCAUGGCCAGCUGCACACUGGCGAAUGGUUGCAAACAGUGAUCACCUGUGGAAAGCGCUGUGUGUGAGGAGGUGGCACUUGUGCGAAUGUGACUGCGAGUGGCUGGGUUCUCAGUCGUGGAAGCAGAUCUUCCUCCAGAGGAACAGGCGGGAACGACGGAUGGCGCACGCACGGCCAGAGGACUUUAUCUGCAAGCAAGUCACUGAGAAUGUGGGAAUCCUGGGACCUAUAGCUUAUCUCACAGGAAAUGACCUCACAACAGACAGACCCUCACGACCCAUCGUCUGCACUGUGUCUUCGUUUGACAAGCUUUAUGCCUGGGAUGUCCAAAAGGGCAGCAUCUUCUGGUCCAGUCCAGUCCAGGACUCGAGUAUCACGAAUCUGGUGACCCUGCCAGAGCUGUGUAUGGCAGUCACUAUGGAUAGGGAGAGAACUAUCAAAGUGUGGGACUGUCUCCAUGAAGAUGCUCUGAGUGAAUUCUUCAUGCCUUACGACUGCUUCUCCUUGACAGCCUUUCUCUCCGCGCGUGGCCCGGUACUCAUGGUAAGUGGGCCUGCGUCUGGAUGGGGCUCCCGAAUGCGAUGCCUGCUGCCUUCACAGGGAGCAAGGUCCAGUUGCCGUCACAUCGCAGUCUGCCUCUCUGCGGUCAUCCCUUCCACAUUCUCAGAGUCGGUCACAACAUACGGAUGGUUACUGGUUGUAUGGACCUCUGUGCCAUCAGGUACAUUCAGCCAGCCCUCCUCCUUAAAGAAGCUGCCUGAUGUAUUUCAUAGCCCUGUCUUGCAGGUGGGAGAUUCUACAGGUGACAUGUACACAUUUAAGAUACCUAGCUUGACAGAAAUUUCUAGAACAAAAGCAUUUCAAUUCAGUGUUGAUAUUCUGCGCUGCUCUCCGUGCAGGAAGUGGGUCUUUGUGUGUGGGACACAACAAUGUUCCUUCCCGAAGGUCUUUCUUACAGAGUGUUUACUGAAGCCACUGGACACUCCUCAGUCUUUCUCUCUCCCAUUUUUAUCAUGCCUUGGGGCCAGCUGGACCCCAAGAAGGGAAAGUAGGAUAACGCUGAUGUUCCGAAGAGAUCCGAAAAAGAUGGGAUUUAUCACCUUCGACCUGACAACUCGGAGGACUGAGGACAGAACUGUCAUCGGAGCACAGCAGAUCGCCAAUUUCCUGCUGCCGGAUCACAUAGAGAGCCCCAGCUGGAUGGGAGUCAACGAGGCCGACAUGAUUGUCUUCAGCAGUGGGCCGUACCUGUUCCUCUUCACCAUUGGCGGCCUCCUGCUGCGACAACUGGAGGACCACCAGACAGCCAUCAGGAGCCUAUGGGUGGAUCCUGUCCACGUCCUCAGCACAGCCACGGAUGGUUCUCUGCACGUGUACGUGUGGGAAGAGGGAGGCCGUUACCCGUACCUCAAGAGCUGCUGCCACAUGAAGCAUGAGGAGACGGGGCAGACGCUGGGCUGCUAUGUCUCCAAUGCAGUAUGUGAUAACGCGAGCAUAGUACGCGUCGUGUCGAGAAUUCGUAACUCCAGCAUUCUGGUGAUGUACACUUUGAAAGGAAGUUAACCUUUACCAUCCCCCUUAAUGUAGUAAAGAUGAGUCUAUUUGCAAGUCAAGAAUGUUUAUUUUAGUGAUGCAAAGUGGCGAUUUAACUUUGUGAAGUGAGUGGGGCACUGUGACUGAGUCUUUGGACAGGCCUUAUCCAGAGUGUGUAUAGCAACAUAACUUAGUCCUGGCCAUCAAGGUGAAGUGCUCGACUCAGCAUCCCAGGAAAGUGGCCUUGGAGUGGCAUGGAGAAGGUAUUCUGGCCAGGCUCUCAAAGUGCCCAUCAUCCCCUACUAUUGGGGAAAACCUCAAAUAUAACCAAGAGCAGAGCAAGCAGCUGCGUGUAAGGAUGGUAGAGGGCAGGCUGGGUGGAGCAGGCAUCCCAUCAGGCUUUCUAAACAGCACGGGGCACAGCACCGUUGGUCACAUGUCUGGUGUUUCAGAAAUGGUCUGCGUGGCUAAGUCGGUGAGAGGGGAAGACAGGGUGGGACGGCCUGGAGGGUUCA